UAUUAAUACUUGACUUCAAGUUCUGACUUGAAGUUAAAGAUAGUAGGAAGUCAUAUUGAGGAUGGUUGUUGUAUAGUUAGGCGGGAAAAAAUAGCAAUGAGAGAGAGACACCGAAUAUAUAUUUAUAAGAGUGAUGGCGAUAGCUAAAACGGUAUUAGGGGUUGAUGAUGUACAGCAGAAUACACUACUGAAUAAUAACGGAUAUUAUUAGCAAGUAGGAUAUAAAAGAGGCGAGAAGAACAACUACGAGAAAGACUCAACAACCGAGAGCAUCUAUAGAUGAAGGUAAAUUUAUAAUAUAAAAAGAGAUGAAAAGAGGAGAAAAUAAAUAAAAGCAAUAGCAGUAGCAGUAUGUGAUAGGGAGAGUUUGUUGGGAGAGACGCAAACGCUAAAAUCAGCUCGAGCGAUCGAUGCGAUAAAUGGAUGCGUGCGAUUGGUAGCCGGGGAAAAUCGAUAAUGAACAAGGGGGUACCCUGCACCUAUACUUCCAUAUAUCUAUCCUCUACGAAACCAACACCACACGGUCGCACAACCGCACCGCACAGCCGGAGGAUGGAGCAAAGACCGAAAUAUCGAUUUUUAGGCCCCUACGCCGUGGUUCGAUGCUCAUAUUUGCCCCGUACCCCGUCAGCGACACGCCAUUCAAAACACCAACGCGUGAGCGAAUAUUAUUCAUUGUUUAAUUAUUGUCAUACGUUCAAAAAAUUAUAUUUUACAAGUGUUUUUAAUUUAUCAGGAUAUACUUGUUUAAUUGAUAAGUGAGAGUAAGGGAGAGAUUUUAGAGAUCACUGGUGAAAAACUAAUAUUUGCAGUGACCAUCGACCGACUGUAAUCUUAAUUGAUGUCGUCAGAAAAAAUGGCCAUUGCGGCGUCAGAAAACUAUCAGCUAAAGUGGCACAGCUAUGGAGCUCAUCUCCAUAGUUCAGUAGCUACUUUGCUUCAUUCGGAAUCAUUCGCUGAUGUUCUGCUAGCUACGUCUUGUGGACGUCACGUUGCUGCACAUCGCUUCGUUCUUGCCGCCUGUUCAUCUUAUCUCAGUCAUAUAUUUCAGACUUGUCAUUUUGGUGCCAAUACCAACUCUCCAAUCAUCGUAGUCUUACCAAUUGAAAUUGGUUACCGUACAUUGAAAAUAUUAAUUCAAUACAUGUAUAGUGGCGAAGCAACAGUCACCAAUGAUCAGCUAGAAGGCGUUUUAAAAGCCGGUGAUAUACUAAGAGUCCGUGGAUUAUGGAGAUCUAAUACAUCGAGUAAGAAAGAAAAUAUUCAAUCAAAUAAUCAGAAAGUUGAUCGUGAUAAAAAAGAACAACAACCAGGGCCAGGACAAAUACAAAAAAUAAAAUUAGUCCAACCGAGUACUGAAAAAAUAAUUACCGAAGCUACAACAACCCCUCAACCAGUUCCUGUACCACUUGUUCAGCCAAUUAUAACAUCAACAACAACGAUGACAAUGACAAAUGCUACAGUACCAUCUCCUAGUCCACCAGUUCCGACAGUACUACCUGAGAAAAUGAAAGAAAAACCUGAAGAAGCGUCAAUGAAUACUGAACCGAAAAAAAUAGUAGAUAAUCCCAAAAAUAAUGACCAAAUUAAAAAUAAAGAAAAUGUGGAAAAUGGAAAGAAGAAAAGGUCUAGAGAUAUUGAAACCGAUUCAAAUAAAUCUAGAAGUGAUGUUGGUGAUACAGAAUUAAAUUUGGGUCUUUUAGUGAAAGAUGAACCUAUUGAUUGGGAAGAGUCUAUGGAUCCUACUGAAUCGCUUACGAUAGAUCAUGAAAUUGAUAUUAAACCAGAAAUUGUACACAGUGCUGACGAAGAUGGAGAGUUGGAAGAGGAGGAAGAAGAAGAAGAGGAAGAAUAUACACCUUUAACUUGUGAUAUGUGCAGCCAAACUUUUAAUCGUCCUUCUGAUUGGGUAAGACACAUAGAAUUUACACACGCAGAUAUGACAGAAAAUCGUCGGAAGAAACGUAAGGGUGACGAUGAUGAUAAUAAAGAUUUUCCUCCAUUAAAGUGCGAUUUAUGUGGUAACAUGUAUCCUACACCUCAAGAAUGGGUUCGUCAUAUACAAACCGAACAUACUGAAGAACAAUUAGCCCUGAUGAAUAAUUCAGCACCGCCAAAACCUAAACGAGUUCAUAAUCAUCAAAAACUUUGUAAUAUUUGUCAAAAAGUAUUUCCAAGCCAUGCUUCAAUGGUAAUACAUCAGCGAACGCACACGGGCGAAAGGCCAUUUCUCUGUUCUUAUUGUAAAAAAGGUUUCAACGUAAAAAGUAACUUGUUAAGGCAUCUUCGAACACUCCAUGAUAAAUUUGUUCAUCCAAGUUUAUAUGGUAGUAAUGGCAGUAAAAAUGCCUAAGUAAAAGCUGUCUUCUCGAAUUAACAGAAAAAAGACACAAAAAUAAAUAU